AUGGGCAUUGAAGAAGUCGCCUUUGAUUCUCCUAUUGCCCCUUCUUAUUCUACAACAUCUUCAUCAUCAUCCAAGGGAAGAAGUACAUUCAUUCCGAGUUUGUUUUUUGGUAAGAGAAGAUUUCUGUGGUAUACAGUCUUGGCUGGAUUUCUCUUGUUUUUAAUCUUUUCAUUGUAUCAACAUUCGUUGGUUUCUCUUCGUCAUCACUCUGCAAAGGAAAUUAUUGAAUCAUUAACGAGUAAUUUGGAUAAUCAUCAUCAGAACAAUAAUAAUAUGAAAUUAAAUUCAGGACGUAGUAAUAUUGACAAUAAUAAUAAUCAAUUGGAAGAAAAUUCAUCAUCCGAUAAAACUUUACCAUCCAAUGUAACACAAUCAAAUAGUGGAGGAAAUAAUUUUCAUCCCUUUGCUCACAUCUUUUACUAUGCAUGGUAUAAGAAUGAGAAACAUGAUAAAAAGUAUGAACAUUGGAAUCACAAAGUUUUACCUCACUGGACUGCAAGUACAAAUGAACAAUAUAAACAUCUUGUUGGAAAGGAACAUGAUCCUAAACUGAAACAAUUGGCAACUAAUUUCUAUCCAAGUAGAGGAGCAUAUUCUUCCACUGAUAAGGAUGUGGUGAUGGAACAAUUUUUGGAAAUUAAAAAUAAGGCCAAUGUGCAUGUUAUAGUAUUGAGCUGGUGGGGCGUUUCAGAAGCUGAUGAGAAUGGAAGCAAUACUGAAUUGAUAACACCAUUCUUUAUGGAAUGUGCUGAGGAAGCUGGAUUGCAGGUUAUUUUCCAUAUGGAACCUUACAAAGGAAGAAAUGCUGCCAGUGUCAAGAGAGAUAUCAAAUAUGUCAUUGAUAAGUAUGGAAAUUCAAAGGCAUUCUUUAGACAUAAUGGAAAACCAUUAUUUUAUAUGUAUGAUUCAUACAUUUUAUCAGCAGAAGAGUGGAAAACUAUUCUAUCACCAAAUGGAAAGGACACCAUCAGAAACACAAAGUACGAUUCUAUAAUUAUUGGACUAUAUUUAAAUUCAGGAAUGAGGGAUAAUAUUAAGAAUUCGUUUAUGGAUGGGUUUUAUACAUACUUCGCUGCAGAUCAAUUCACAGAAGGGUCUACAUGCUCAAAGUGGCAGGAAAUUAGUGAAUGGGCUCAUAAUAAUAACUUGUUAUUCAUACCCUCAAUAGCACCUGGUUAUAUAGAUGAAAAGAUUAGACCAUGGAACAAGCAAAACACCAAAGGAAGAGAGAAUGGUCAAUAUUAUCAAAGAAUGUUUGAUGCUGUUCUCAAUCUAAAGCAUUUCCCUCAAUACAUUACCAUAACAUCCUAUAAUGAAUGGCAUGAAGGUACCCAAAUAGAGCCAGCCAUCCCAAUAACCGUUAAUAAUCCAAACUCUGACCAAUUUGAUAAUAUUGCAUCUGCCUACCUUGACUAUAGUCCAAAAGAUCCAGAUUUCUAUCUCACCAAGACAAGGGAAAAUGUCAAUAAGAUUUUCAAACUGUAA